CCCCAAGGUACCUCACAUCCCACCCCCCACAGCCAUCCGUUCACAGAGUAACCACAGCCACACCGCAACUUCACCUUCACCAUCCAUCAUCGUCAACGAGAAGCAGCAGCACCCGGCCAAGAGACGAGACAACAAGUGUUGCCAUGGCAGCGGUGGAGAGCAAGAGCAGGAGGUUCGCGCUGGCGUGCGGCGUCCUCAGCCAGUACGUCAAGGCGGAGCAGAAGAUGUCCUCCGUCGCCGUCGCCCCGCGCGCGCCCCCGGCCACCACGCUCAGCCUCAUGCCCGGCGCCGACGUCGGCCAGGAGCACGCGGCCGCGGCGGCCGCUGAGGAGGCGGGUCCCGCCACGGCCACGCCGCUCACCAUCUUCUACGGCGGCAGGGUGGUCGUCUUCGAGGACUUCCCCGCGGACAAGGCGGCCGAGGUGAUGCGCAUGGCCGCCGCCGCCGGCGUCGAGCGCGCGGCUGUCGUGCCCGCCCCCGCCCUCCUCCCGGCGGACAAGACGGCGCUCGCGGACCUGCCCAUCAUGCGCAAGGCGUCGCUGCAGAGGUUCUUCGAGAAGCGCAAGGACCGCCUCGGCGCGCGCGCGCCCUACGCCCGCCCGGCGCCGGCCGCCGCGGCCAUCAAGGACUCGGAGGAGAAGUCGGCGUCGGCGUCGGCGUCGUCCUCCUCGUGGCUCGGGCUGGCCAGCACCGACGGCGCCUUCGCCCUCUGAUCUGCACGGACGGACGGAGCAAGACGGCUUGCCCGCUUCAAGAGAUCGUUUGUAGAGCACUUUUAAAUGUAUUCUUUGCGUAAAAAUUCGAGUAGGGAAAGAAAGAAGGAAGGAAGAUUGAGAUCA